AUGGGUAGGGUGAAGCUGAAGAUCAAACGACUUGAGAGCACAGGCAACAGGCAGGUUACAUACUCGAAGCGAAAAAGUGGCAUACUGAAGAAAGCCAAAGAGUUAUCAAUCUUGUGUGAUAUUGAUAUUGUCCUUCUUAUGUUCUCUCCUACUGGAAAGCCUACCGUUUUCCAUGGUGAACACAGUUGCAUUGAAGAGGUUAUUUCUAAGUUUGCGCAACUAACUCCACAAGAAAGGACAAAAAGCUUCUUUGUUUUGCUCGAAUCACAGGCAUUAAAGAAGACUUUUAAGAAGCUUGAUCAUGAUGUAAAUAUACAUGAGUUUUUAGGAGCAAGGAAUCAAACUAUUGAGGGUCUGAGUAAUCAAGUAGCAAUUUUCCAAGCUCAGCUUAUGGAGUGUCAUAGGAGGCUAAGUUGUUGGUCAAACAUCAAUAGAAUAGAAAACACUGACCACCUCAAUUUGUUGGAAGAAUCAUUGAGGAAAUCCAUUGAAAGAAUCCAGGUUCAUAAGGAACAUUACAGAAACAACCAACUUUUGCCAAUAGAAUGUACAACGACACAGUUUCACAGCGGGAUACAGUUGCCUUCGGCAAUGGGAGGUAAUAAUAGUAUGCAAGAAGCUCACCCUAUGUCUUGGCUCCCUGAUAAUGAUAACCAACAACAAACAAUCUUACCUGGUGAUUCCAGCUUUCUUCCUCAUAGAGAGAUGGAUUGUUCGAUUCCCGUUUACUCAAACUGCUUCUUUGAGUCUAUAAAACAAGAAGAUCAGAUAUGCAACAACCCUAGACAAACAUUUGAGCAGUUAGAUCAACAAGGAAACGGUUGUUUGGGUUUACAACAAAUUGGGGAGGAAUAUUCAUAUCCUACGUCAUUCGCUACUAGUCUUGGAAUGGAAGAAGAUCAAGAGAACAAGAUCAAAUCUGAAAUAGAAUUGAACAACUUGCAACAACAACAACAACAACAAGAUCCUUCUUCAGUGUAUGAUCCAAGAUCUGAUAAUGGUGGCUGCUUUCAAAUCCCUCAUGAGCAAUCCAUGUUUGCCACUGAUCAUCAUCAGCAUCAUCAAAAUUGGGUUCCAGAUUCAGUGUUGGGUCAGACUUCUUACAACCAGGUUUUUGUUUCACACCUUCCAUUGGAAUUAUUUAACUAUAAGAUCCACUAA